AUGGCUAACACGUCUGGACCUUUGACUGUUGUUGAGAUGCAAGCCAUCAGACUGGCUAUCACAGAGGAGAGAAUCUUUAAGAUGUUCCUGGUGCUGUCCACCCAUGCUGUCUUCAUCUACAUCAACAUAGUGAUGCUGUUCACACUCAGGACCAAGGCCACUUUCCGGGAGACGUCCCGGUACAUCCUCUUUGCCCACAUGCUCCUCAAUGACACCAUUCACCUGGUAGUCGGCCUGGUCCUUUAUGUGCUCGGGGCAUUCUACUUGGUGAUAGUGCGGGCCAUCUGCGCCUUUAUCGUACUGAUGUCUGCUUCCACCUUCAUCAACGCGCCUCUCAACCUGGCAGUCAUGUCUCUGGAGAGGUACACGGCCAUCUGCUUCCCUUUGCGGCACAGCGAGCUGGCCACGCCCAUGCGCACUCGAGUGGCUGUGGUGGUGGUCUGGGCGCUUGGCGUCUUCAAUGUGCUAACCGAUGUGUUUGCUCUCUUCCUCCUCGCAGAGCCGUCAUUCUACUUGUCACAUACAGUCUGCACUAUCGAGCAGCUGCUGGUGGCUCCCUGGCAGCGGGGCAAAGGGGUGGCCCUCAACACCCUCCUCUUUGUGGCGGUGAUGGCUGUGCUACUCUACACCUACGUGGCCAUCCUGAAGCAGGCACGGGCUGCCUCGACUGACCACUCAUCGGCGCAGAAAGCCCUGCGCACUGUGCUGCUACAUGCGCUGCAGCUAGGCCUGUCACUCAUGUCUUUCCUUUAUGUGCAGCUGGAGUUCCUGCUGGGCAGCCUCCCGCUGCCUGUCUACACGCAGCUACGCUUCCUCAACUUCUUUAUGGUCCUCAUCCUGCCACGCUGCCUCAGCUCCCUCAUCUACGGCCUAAGGGAUGAGACCUUUAGGCCCCUGUUCAGACAAUAUGUUCUGUUCUGUAGUGCAAAGAAGCUUGAACCUCUAUAG